AUGCGCGCAUUCAUCUGCAUCGUGGCGCUGGCGCCACUUGUCGUGGCAAUCCCCUAUGGCAGCCACCCAGCCGUCGUCUUAGUGCGGGCUGAGGACCCGUCUUCUGUUCCUGACGAGCAAACUAUCUUCACCCUGCCAUGCAACGACAAGGAUCCUGUCACCCGCACUUCCGAGAUCGAGCAAAAACAAGCGCAGCUGCUUUACGGCCCGUCGUUGCUGGGGAAUACAGCCCCCUUCCCGGCCGGACCCCUUGGCAACAACAUUUCUGAGCGCGACCAAAAGUUGUGGGGAGUUGGAGGGCAAACUCAAUCACUCCGCGCAUAUGCGGAUGCUGCCAAGGUAGCUGGGAGGGUCUUGGUGAACGGUGGGCUAAAGACCCUUGACGAUUUCAAGCUACUUUACCAGAACCAAUGGCACAGCUCCGUACCUCAGGGAAUUUCCAGUGGGCAGUCAGAAAACUACACUUCGGAUCUUUUGUUCUCCAUGGAACGUCUUUCGGUUAACCCGUACAUUAUUAAACGCCUUCAUCCUGAAGAUACUUUACCUUUUGAGGUUGACCCAACCGCGAUAGAAAGACUUACCACCACGACCCUCAACUCACUUCACGUCGCCGGCCGCCUUUUCGUCGCAGAUCACAGUUAUCAGCGCAACUACACUAGAAUUGCGAACCGUUACGCCGCGGCAUGCACCGCGCUUUUUUACUUGGACGACCGCAGCAACCAAUUCUUACCUCUAGCUAUUAAAACCAACGUUGGAGCCGAUUUGACAUAUACGCCACUGGAUAAGGAUAAUAAUAAUUGGCUGUUGGCCAAGAUUAUGUUCAAUUCCAACGACCUUUUCCACGGCCAAAUUUUCCACAUAGCUUACCCGCACGCCAUCGCCGAGAUUGUCCACCUCGCCGCCCUACGCACCAUGAGCUCCCGCCAUCCGGUUUUGGCCUUGAUGGAAAGGUUCAUGUACCAGGCUUAUGCGAUAGGACCGGUCGGUGCACAAGUGUUGUUUAACAAAGGGGGAUUGUUUGAGCAAAAUUUUGUAUACCCGCAAGAGGUUGUUUACAAAUUUGCCGAGGAUACGUACCCCGUUGCGGGGAGGUGGCGGGCAGGAUAUUUGGAUGUCGAACUUAGGGCAAGAGGUUUGAUCGGGGCUGAUUAUGGACCCGAAUUACCACAUUUUCCUUUUUACGAGGACGGUUCGAGGUUGAUCAAAGUUAUGGAGACGUUUGUGCAAGAUUUUGUCGACGCAAUUUACGACAAUAGCGACGAGGAAAUUGCCAACGACGACGAACUACAGGCAUGGGUGACGGAAGCCAACGGCCCGGCGGGCGUUAUAGACUUCGAGCCGGGCCCGUUCGACACCCGAGAACAGCUGGUCCGAGUCCUCACGCAUAUGUCUUGGUUGACAGGCUGCGCGCACCACGUCCUCAACCAAGGGGAACCCGUGACGGCAUCGGGCGUGUUGCCGACCCACCCCGCCGCACUUUACGCACCCGUUCCCACGUCAAAGAACACUACUAUCAACCUCCGGGAUUGGUUACCUAGUGCGAAAAAGGCCAUCGAGCACGUCACACUAUUGGCUCGUUUUAAUAGACCUGACGUGGUAACCAACAACCAAACUCUUAAAUACAUGUUUGCGGCUCCGGAGCUGCUGGCCGGCAAUGGAGAGCAGUAUAGGUUGGCAAAUGACAGGUAUGUCGAAAGCAUGAGCAGAAUUAGCGAAGAUGUUAAGGCGAGGAGGUUUGAUGAGGAAGGGUUAAGCCAGGGAAUGCCGUUUAUAUGGCAAGCGUUGGAUCCGGGGGCCAUCCCAUUUUAUUUAAGCGUGUAG